AUGAUACGAAGAAAAUACGAGUUGGUGUUGCGAGGAUCAAAUCGAGGAAUUUGGGUUGAUGAUGAUGAAAUUGAAGAAGAAGGGGAUCUGAAGACGACGAAGAAGAAGAACAUAUCAUCUUCUUUCCGUUACCAGUCGUGCUUUACAGACGAGACCCAUAGUCUCUUAAUUUCAUUCGGAGACGGUGGUGGCAAUAGCAGCAGGCGGCAGCGAUGGUGUCGGAGCUCCACAUUAGCAACGACAACGGGCGGUAAUGGCAGCUUCGCUGCUUCCAUUUCCUGUUCCGACAAGCUCGAUGAUGAUGGAGGCGAACGGAGCUGGGUAUGGUGGAUGGAAGAAGUAGCAGUGACGACGAUAUUUGUUGGUGGAGGAAAGAGCUCCAGCGGUAGGGGGCUGGUCCGACAACCUUAUGAUACUUCGUCCUUGUUUAGGCUCACCGGGAAAGACAAGGGUCGAGAUGGAGUAGGAUAUGGGAUGAGGUUUGAUGGUGAUUCACGGUGA